UGUGAUUGGCUGAAGCCCGGGGGGGGGGGGGGGUCGUCCUCCAGCCUGCAGCCUCGAUAUCAACAGUUGUGGCAAAAAAAAAGGCACACAAGCAAACACCCCAACAAAAAUUCCAGUUGAUUAACCCCGUUUUUAAUCCUGUUAAAAGAAACGUCCAUUAUCACAAAGUUCAUGCACUGCAAAAGAUAGAUGCAGUUUUACUCAUGUGAAUUGAGUAUUCCCAACUUUUAAAAUGCAGUUAGUCAUUACAACAAAAUUAAAAACGGCUUUAAAAAAAGAGGUCUUUUACAGAGUGGUUCUGGCUUUCAGUUUUGUAACAUGUUUUGCUGAAAAAUUCUCAUGGAAUUUUCAGGAUUUUAAAAGUUACAAAAUUUCAAAUAUAUAUCUGACCCACCUGUGAAAACCUUCUGCACUCUCCCUCCUUCCCUCCCCCCCUCCCUCCCUCCCUCCUUCCUUCCCUCCCCCAUGCAGAGAGACUCACAGCAGUUCCCCCAGAGCAGCCGCAGUACUUUAACUUCACCAUUAGAUGGUGCUAAAAAGACUAUAAAGGGAAUCUCACUGAAAACUGUUCUCAUUCAUAAGCGUAGUAGUAGUAGGAGUACUGGUCUGGGAUUAGUCCUGGCAUUUGGGUCAUAAAGGAUGUUAGGAGACGAGCAGGAGAAUCCUGGUCUCAGUUCAGCUCUCUGUGGCCCUUCAUGAACCCGGGCCCCUGAUUAUGUUCUUUAAUGGGUUUCAUAUUUUACUGUAAACACGUCUGAGUUUGUCCUCCUGAACGGGUCACUUUCAAUCUGUGGAUAACUGUAGACUACAGUCACAUGCUGUGGUCAAUAGGAGUGGGUGUGUGUAUGAAAUUAAAAUCAAGUCCAUCGCUAUUCAACCAUGAAGCUAGCCUUUCAUCGAUGUCAAUGAAGAGCUGGGAUAGUUCAGAUAAAUAGUUCAUUGAUCCACCGGCUUAUUUUUAUGGGUGAAUGUGAAUCCCACUGCAGGGAGUUAUAAUUUUCACAUACUGGGAGUACGUGGAAAUCUCUACCUUUACCUGGGGUGAAAUGUGAGCUUUGAUUUAUUAAAACCUUGAAUCACGAUUCAUGUAAAUUAAUUGGCAUAAUUGUCCUUUUCAUUUUGUGAAAUGGAUGUGUUUUUGUGGAGGCAUAAGUUUCCUAUGCAUAAAAGUCAUAUUUAUGAUUUUAUUUCAGCCUUAAAAGGAUAACUUAGUACUGUACACUAUUCCAAUGUAGGGGCAUUGGCUAUAUGGACUGACUGAAAAAGCUAGCUUUGUGAAGUGAUAUUUGCGGUCACUGUCGCAUGCAAUCAGUACUGGUUUCUUGAGACAGGUACAUAUUUUAAUUCAGGUGGCAAUAACUGCUUAAUUUAAGUGGGAGAAAUUCUCUUUUAAAACUAGUUUUGGUGUGACGGUGUGAAAACUCCAUGUGCAAACCUGCCUGUGUAAUUUUACUGCUUCUGCGUAUCCAAGCUGCAGCUUCAGAACUGUGUUUUUCUGGGCCAAUCAAACUGCAGCGUGUUGUGUUCUACUCUGACGUCAUUCUGUAGCCAAAUGAACGUCACUUAUUAAUCUCAGCUUCAAUGACGUCACAGAGAAGCCGUAAUUUAUGGAGUACGACAGGCCUGGAAGUUGUAAUCACACCACCUGCACCCGAACAUCUGAGUAAAAUGGCCGUUUCCCCAGACCUGUACUGUGCUGACCGCACACGUGACGUUAUGCUCGUGUAGCAGACGCUCUUAUCCUGAGUGAACUGCAGCGUAAGAGAACAGAGGUUCAGUUGAACCUGAUUUAUACGAGUAACAGUACCAGACCUGGGCCAACAGCUUUCCCGGGCCAGCGGGUUUAAGUGCAACAUCAAUAAAGCACUAAAUUGUAAGCUAACAUAUGCCAGCCUCGAACCACGAACUAUAGAUCCAUGCACCUAACAUCUGUAUUAGGCCAUAAAGCAUGCUAUAACGAUUGUGAAGGAAAUCCAAGAUUAUUUUUUAAAUUCCAAGAUGCAGCCUGAAAAUGCUUAAUUAAACGCUUCCUGUGGCCUUCUGUAGGUUGACUCGUCUCACUCCGACCCAGCCACUGCAAACAGUAUAUCCACCAAAAACAGUCAGCAUGCCGUUAAUUCAGUCGUCUGGAAUUUGCAUCGACUGUUUGGUUGUCUUUUUAUUCUGUAAUGACCUCAGACCAAAAAAAGGAUAUUCCAGAACGCAUGAGGCAUUAAUGGGACUGACUGUGUGAAUCAGCGCUCUGUUCGGUUACGCGCUUCGGCGAGUGUUCACGUUUUGUUUUUGUUUUUUUUGCUUUAAAACUCUCGUAUGCUGCUGAUGCUUGUGAAAAAUGUACGAACUACGCGGCCGGUUCGGUUAUGUGAAAAAUGAAAAAAGUGUGUGUUUAUCUUCAAUAAACUCAAUAAUAGCUUGCAUUGGUCCGCUCUCUGUGUCUCAGUUAUGCACAUGAGUAUUUAAGGCAUCGAUCUGGCACUACUGAAAUACAACAUCGGGAAAAUAUAUUUAAAAAAUGCCCUCAGUCUUCAUGAAGCUCAUUUCAAGCACUGUAAAAAAUGUUGUUUUAAUUAUAGGCAUAUAGCACGAUAUUCUGUGUACUGAGUAAAUAUUUCUGAUUAAAACAGGUAGCUUGCUAUCUAGUAAGCAGGCAAAUGAUGAAGGAAAGUAGCUACAUUACUUAUUUAUUUGCUGCUAUCAAAAUAUAAGAUCUUACGCCGCAAAUGCGAAGACUUCUCGUCUUCUGUUACGUCAUACUUCAUAGGUCACAUAGUUCUGAUAUAAGAAUCGCAUUCUACAGAAUUCCACCUGCGUUUUCCAGGAGCCAGCGUGUUCGCUAUGUGCACAUUUGGAAAACUAAGUCCAGGUCCAAUUUGAUUUUCCGGGCCGUGAACAAAAAAAUGCCACGGAAGAUUUUAUCACAGGUGGGCUUCGACGCCACUGUUGACAGCCUUGUGGAAAGGACAGAGAGUGACAACUCGGCGAAGGAGGUGAAUUGUUUGGACGUCAUUCGCGUCAUUCAGCGAACGCUCGGUUAUCUAGCCGGUCGGGUAGACGUUUAACAUGCUAGUGUAAUUUGCAUGUGGCUGACGGCACACGGGUGACGUCGGCUGGUAUCUAAAUUGCUCCCGUUCGUUUGAUUUUAUUCAGGUUAAUAAUAAAGAAAAACAAAAGGAAACAAUGGAGGGUAUUAUCUGCAACCAGCGCGAGAGCGUUCGUAUGAUGUGUGCCCAACUGAAACAGAAGAGGGUCUGGAAGACCAUAGAGAAGCUGGAAAAGAUGGAGGAUGAGCUGACGCAGGAAGUGGGGGAGAUCGACCUGUGUGAGAACCCCAGGGACAAGCAGGCAGCUGAAAACGUGGAGUCAUCAGAACUGGUCGACUUUGGGACCGCUGUGGAGGAGAAGGAAAACAGGGUGAGAAUGGCUAGGCUCCACAGCGCCGCCCUUCUGGAGAAGCUGCAGAUUGUGUCUAAGGUGGCCGCCAGGGCGGAGAGGAGAGCGAAAGAGUGGGAGCAGGUGCUGCAGGAGGAGGAGCAAAGGAGCAAAGAGAUGGAGUCUCGACACUGCCAGCACCAGGAGGCCCUGUCUGCAAAAACACAAGAACUGCAGUGCCUGAAAUCCAGGGAAAACGUCCUGUUGGCCAACAUCUCUGCUGGCCAGGCCACCAUCACGGGUCUGCAGAAACAGCAGAGUGAAAACGAGCAGGUUUUAGUCAAGAAGAAGGAGCUGGCUCACGACCAGGAAGUCCGGAUGGCAGCUGUGGAGAGGAAGGUGCAGGCCUUGAGUGAGGAAGAGGAAAGGAUGAAGGAGAGGAAGACUCUGCAGGAGGAAGAGUCUGAUCUGGCCAAAACCCUCCGGGAGAAAAAGGAGACAGCCUACAGGCUGAGGAAACAGCAGAAGAACACAAAGAUGGAGCUGCGCAGUGGCAGGAGGGCAGUGGAGAAGACUGCAGAUGUGCACAGAGAUCUGAGCUUCCAGGUGGAGGAGAUGCAGCUGGAAACGGACGCUUCUGUGAGAGAGCUGCAGAGGCAGAGUACAGAGAAGCAGGGCGCCUUGAGGAAGGAGACCGCGCUCAGACGGGACGUGAAGCGUGCGAGCGGCAGCGCCCAGAGUGAGGCUGACCGGCUCGUCGCCGCGGAGACGAGGAGGCUGCAGCUGGAGCUGGCGGUGAAGGAGCUGGAGGUGGAGAACGCCUUCAAAAGAGAGAUGCACCUGGCAAAGAUGGUCAUCUCCCGCCAGGGCCCCAAGAAACUCAGGGCCGAGGUGAAUCAGAAGCUCCGUAGAGCAGAGACACUGAGGAGGAAGUACGAGACCACAGCAGCAUCCAGCCUCCGCUUCCAGGGAGGCGAUAGGACCCCACAACCUCACAUGGGCAGGACCUGUGAGGACGCGGGGCUGCAGGGCAGGCUGGAGCGAUGGACUCGGCGAGUGAGCGGGAAGCAGGAGGAGGUGAAGGUGCUGAAGAGCACCCUGCACGCCCACAGGAGCCGAAACGCAGAGCCCCGCCCAUCGCCCGGGCCCACCCCCACAUCCGGUAAGGAUCCUGGGGAACAGAAGCUUGUGGAGGAGAAGAAGGCCUUAGAGGAAACGUGCAGCGCCAAGAGGAGAAAGAUCCUCGAGCUACAGCACGACAUUAAGGGACAGAAGACUGCCCUGGAUAAGCUGCUGCGGGAGGAAGCGGUCCAGACGCGCUGGGUGGCUGAGGCUGGGCUCUGGGUGCAGUCUCUGACAGAACAGCUGGGAUCCCAGGAGGCAAAGCUGGACCAGGCACAUCAGCAGAGCUCUGAGCUAACCUUGGAGGCCCAGUCAGCCUGGAAGACCCAGGAGAAGACAAAAGAGGACGAGAUGGAGGACAUCAAACUGUGCGAACUCCUGGACUUCAGCAGGGAGGUGGACCUGAUGCUCCUGGCAGUUAUGGACGAGCAGACUGACCUGGGAUCAGUCCUACAGGCACAGUUUCAGCAGAGCGACCUGAGCCUGCCGACACCUGCCUCCCCACCUGCCACCGGGCGGGGCCAAACGCCUACCUGUACCUCCCCCCGCAGCGCGGCCAGCAGGGGCAGCAGUGAGACUCUGGCGCCAUCUUCCCGCCGCGAGGACUCUGACUUGUCUGACCUGACGCUGAAGCUGGCGGUAACCCGGGUCCUCCUCUGCGCCACUCUCCUCCCAGACUCCCCCCAGGGCUCCCCCCCCUGUAGCCACGGCAACGGCAGCAGCCCCCCCACCCCACGCUGCCCCCCCAACAGCCCCGUGGACAAACCACAGUCGCCACAUCCGAAACCGUGA